CAGUGGCUCCACCGCCGCCUCUAAAAGUUGCGUGAGAAUGAGGAAGUGUUUCGUCUUAAAGUGACAGUGCAGUAACUCAGCGUGCUCCCCACGUUAUCUCAGCGGCUACUGUCUCUUUAAGAGUCCAGUGCUCACUCUCAAUGAACACUGAACAGUCGCAUGGAUGGUUUUUCUCUUUUUGUGUGUAUUGUAAUGUGUGUGUGCCAGUAGGAGGUGGAUCUGGCGCACCGGGAGGCCGUUCCAGAUUCCGCGCGACCAAUUGGUUGCUCGUGAACUUUGUUUGUCCGCGCACCCCGGUCACGCACGCCACGCACUCAUGAUGUCUCGUGCAGAUCAGAAUCCCCGGUACGCUCUUGACCUCGCAGAAGAUUAGCGAGAUCCACACACGCUACCAAACGCAGUCAGCAGUGCACGGGACAGGACGCGUCGCUUGCAGCCAGAAAAAGAAAUUAACGAUAGCCGGAGAGAUGACGGAGAAACGGAUGUCGCGCUGGUAUUUCGGUGGGAUCGCGUCGUGUGGAGCCGCCUGCUGCACGCACCCGCUGGACCUGGUGAAGGUGCACCUGCAGACGCAGCAGGAGGUGAAGAUGAGGAUGGUUGGCAUGGCGAUGCACGUGGUGAAGAACGACGGUGUGCUGGCGCUCUACAACGGCCUCAGCGCUUCCCUCUGCAGACAGAUGUCGUAUUCUCUCACGCGGUUUGCCAUCUAUGAGACGGUCAGAGACAUGAUGGGCAGCAGCAGUCAGGGACCAAUGCCUUUCUAUCAGAAAGUCCUGCUGGGCGCGUUUGGAGGCUUCACUGGCGGUUUCAUCGGGACCCCAGCAGACCUGGUUAAUGUUCGGAUGCAGAACGAUAUGAAGCUUCCUGUAGAGCAGAGAAGAAACUAUAAACACGCGCUGGAUGGACUCUUCAGGGUCUGGCGGGAAGAGGGAACCAGGAAGCUGUUCUCAGGAGCCACUAUGGCGUCCAGCAGAGGAGCUCUGGUCACUGUCGGACAGCUGGCAUGUUAUGAUCAGGCCAAGCAGCUGGUGUUGGGAACAGGACUCAUGGGAGACAACAUACUCACACACUUCCUGUCCAGCUUCAUCGCUGGAGGUUGUGCAACGUUCCUCUGCCAGCCACUGGAUGUAAUAAAGACGAGAUUAAUGAACUCUAAAGGAGAAUACAGAGGUGUGAUACACUGCCUGACUGAAACUGCCAAACUGGGACCACUGGCCUUCUACAAGGGAUUAGUUCCGGCCGGGAUCCGCUUGAUUCCUCACACCGUCCUGACAUUCGUCUUUUUGGAGCAGCUGAAGAAAUACUUCGGCAUCCUGGUGAUCAGCUGAACGAGUCCGCUGAACUUUGACCUCUUGACCUUUGGCCUCCUCUUGAAGCUGCUCUCACUGCUGUAUUCUUUCUGGACUGUCUCUCUCUUUCUCACACUACACACAUAAUAAACGUCAAAUUGCUGCCAGACCAGCAUGUCACAUGCCAACAUAUUGAAAGACUUUAUUACUGUCCGAGUGCCAAACCGGGAGGAGGCGCUGAUGGACAACGGGACUCACUAAACUGGAUCUUCUGGGAAUAGACAACUGGAUGCUCAUCCUCAUCUCUUCAGGGUGAGAUUUAGAUUAUAGAUGUUAUCUAUCAGGAUAGAUAUGUUUUUAGAUUGUGAAUGAAUGUUUGAUUAUUAUUUUUUUUAAAUGCUGUACGUAAAUACUCCUAUUGCAGUGUGAUGAGACAUUUUAAAGGAAUAAUUCACCCUAUCAUUAUCAUAAUGAACUAUUCCCUUAUCAAAUGCACACAGAAAAAGGUUUUGACAGUUGCAUGCAAUCUGUAUCAAUUGUGAUUUAAUGGUAUAAAUUCUGUAUUUUCACAAAUCUGUAUUUGACACUGCGUAGAUGUGUUGCUGGGUUUGACUGACAGAUGUUAGGGUCAGGGGUCACAGAAAUAAACCAAGUUUUAUGUUUAUAACCAAAAUGUGCAGCAUCAGAGGAAAAGAAAACAAGGAAUGACUGACUGAUGGGGAUGUGAAAGACGAAUCAAACUUCUGUACUGGUGCUGAUUUCAUCAUAUUUCUGUUCUGUUUAUCUCUGUUUGUAAUGAUCCUUUUGGAAAAUUUACAAUCAAGACGGAUCCUGCAUCAUUUGUGAAAGAAAUGAGCUACUGUAAUUCCAGCAAAUGUGCUUGUAGUUUUUUGUGUCAAGGUAAAGGGGGCAUUUGGUGAAUAAGCACUAAUUACUUGUAGUAAUUCAGUUUUGCGGUUUGGUCCUAAAUGUAUAGAUUUAUCUUAGUGUUUUACUUGAACUAAGCAUAUAACAACAAAUAUUUAUGACAGAUUUACUUAAUGUUUAAACUUAAUAUUUUAGAUUAAAUUGGUAAACUACCAUAUUGGUAUAUGCAAACAGGCAGUUUGAUGAUUUGACACUAAGAAUUAAAUCUGAACAUUGGAAUCGUGCACUGGAGAGCCUUAUUUACCCGUGGCCAGCAGAGGGCGCUGUGUUAUGCAGUGAAUGCGCAGAGCUGCUUUUGUGCAUGGAGGGUUUGCAAGUGAGUUUGUUUAUCUGGGUUCCAACUUUCUUUGUCUACAAAUUUAAUUGUAAUUUAUGGUUUGAAAAUUGAGGGGGUUGUUGCUUGAACUGAAUGUAAUUUAGCUGCUUUCUCCAUCUCGAAAAAAUUGAAAUAUGCAAACUGAAUGAGAGAUUAAUCUGUGCUGCAAUUUUGCUUCAUCAAAACUUUGGUCAGCAAUUUAAAUGUAUGGAAAUAAAGUACUAACAUGAGAAAACA